AGCAAACGGCGGGGCAUGAUUGGGGCGGGAAAAGGGUAUCAGAAAAAUCUAUAAAGCGCUCUGCGCGAGCACGCAUGGGCGGUCGAUCUCCUACUUUUCUUCGGAUCCGCGAGAUCAGGACUCUACAGUACGCACUGGAAGACGGGCCCCGCGGAUUUGUGAGCACAGAAUAGCAGUCCGGAUCGCACUGGAGUACACCAGACCAAGAUGCCCUCGACCAUUGUGCUCGUCGCGAGCGUCACUCUCGCACUCGCGCUCCUAUGGCGCUUCCGCCGCGUCGGUUUGCGCCCGAAAGACUUCCCUCCGGGACCGCCAUGUUUGCCCAUCUUGGGAAACCUGCACCAGAUGCCCACACACGACUCACACAAGCAGUUUGCCGCCUGGGCGCAAGAGUACGGUCCAAUUUACAGCCUAAUCUUAGGCACCAAGACUGUGAUUGUGUUGUCAGACGGCCAGGGCGUCAAAGACUUGCUGGACCGACGCAGCGCUUCCUACAGUGAUCGCAUGGAUAUGUAUGUGGGGACCGAGCUUUGCAGUGGGGGGUUGAGACUGCUGCUGAUGCGGUACGGGGCACAAUGGCGCAUGCUCCGGAGAUUGGUUCAUCAGUUGCUGAACGUCAAUGUUUCCGCUUCAUAUGUUCCAUAUCAGGACCUUGAGAACAAGCAGAUGCUCGUCGAGUUCUUAGAUGAUCCGGACCAUUUCCUCGAGCACAUUCGGCGCUUCACCAACUCCCUAACAACGAGCAUGGUAUACGGCUGGCGCCAGACGAACAGCUACUCCCCAGCCAUCGCCGCCAUCUUCGCCAGCAUCGAAGGUUUCACCACCCUUACGCAGCGCAGUGUCUCCGCAAUCGUCGACUUUUACCCCUUGCUCCGCCGCCUUCCCGCAUCCUUGUUCCCCAUCUCUGCCGCAGCGCAGCGGCACCACGUCCGCGAGAAGGAGCUCUACCGCAGGCUCUGGCUCGAGGCCAAGCAUGCGGUGGAAGCCGGUACAGCGCGCCCAUGCUUCUGCGUUGGAAUGGCGGCAAAGCAGCGGGAAGCCGAGGCCGCAGCAAUAGCAGCAGUCCUAGCAGCUGAGAAAGGCAGACCCGGCAGCGGGGCAGAGGCCGAGCGCAUCUCGGACGACCUGGCGGCGUACAUGGCAGGGACGCUGCUGGAGGCCGGCUCAGAGACGACAGCCGCGACGCUCUACGCGUUCGUGCAGGCGAUGCUGCUGUUCCCGGAGGCGCAAGCGCGCGCGCAAGCCGAGCUCGACGCGGUCAUUGGGCCGGGCCGGCUGCCCGUGUUGGCGGACGCGCCGGCACUGCCCGCUGUGCGGGCGUGCGUGAAGGAGGCGCUGAGAUGGAUGCCCACGGCGCCGACGGGCGGCGUGCCCCAUGCCACGACCAAGGAGGACACGUACCGCGGGUUUCGGAUCCCGAAGGGGGCGGGCAUCAUCUUCAACACGUGGGGCAUCCAUAUGGAUGAGCGGCGGUAUGCGAAUCCGCGCGAGUUUCGCUUCGAGCGGUAUUUGGGGGAUGAUAUGGGGGCGGCGGAGUCGGCGGGACGGGGCGGCUGGGAGCAGAGAGACCAUUAUGGGUUUGGAGCCGGACGGCGGAUUUGCGCUGGCCUCCACGUCGCGGAACGCAGCCUCUUCCUCGGCAUCUCGCGUCUGCUGUGGGGGUUUUCGAUCUCAGCUAAGUCGGGCACUCGACCGGACCCGGACGCUUUGACGCAGGGCUUCGUUGCUAUGCCGCUGCCGUUCGAGGCGAAGAUCAUGCCGCGCUCGCCAGAGCACGCCGAAGUGAUGCGCGGUGCGUGGAAGGAGGCGAGCGAGGUUUUAGACCCGGAGGGGCAGUGGGUGAGGGAGAAGGUGCCGGUGCCUAAGGGGGGCGGCGGGUUGUGGGGGAACGGAGAGGGGGAUGUGGGGGAGGGCGUGUAGUGAGUGG